UGCUAGAAGUGGCCUAGCGAGUGUCUCCUUUUUGGAAGAAUGAAUGUUCCUCUUUACCUUCUGACCGUCGCUCACUUGAUUUGCGCCGCUGCCGGAGCAGAGCACGUCUCUUUGGAGCGCCAACUUCUGGAGGAGGGGAUCAGUUCGGGACGCAGGACUUGCAGGCUCUACUGUAGGGUUGGCAUCGGCUUCCAUCUCCAGAUUCAUAACGACGGCAGAGUCAACGGCAGCCAUGAGCCCAACCAGCUGAGUGUCCUGGAGCUCUUUGCGGUUUCUCAGGGGGUCAUCGGCAUCAAAGGGGUCUACAGUAACAGAUUCCUGGCCAUGAAUAAAAGAGGACGGCUCUACGCCACUGAAUGGUUCACAGACGACUGUAAAUUCAGGGAGCGUUUCCAGGAGAACAGCUACAACACUUACGCCUCAGUAAUCCACAGGAAACACAGGACUGGUCGCGACUGGUUCGUGGCCCUCAAUAAGAGAGGGAAAGCUAAAAUGGGCUCCAGCCCGCGGGUCAAAUCCCAGCAUGUCUCCACUCACUUCUUGCCCAGGGUCAACCUGCACGACACCAGCGAGCGAGGCUUCACCAUCACAGACAGAAGCAAAGAGAGGAGGAAAACCCCACCGCCACCCAAACCUCCUCUAGCGAAAGCUGUCCUUGCAGGGACACCGCCGAGACGUACGCAAGUCAAAUACUGGCCCAAGUACCGGUUUGGAUAG